GGUGUGGGAGCGUGGACUUCUCAGGCAGCUUUCCACUUAGUUAACUUGCCCAACCUGCUCUGUUGACUCUGGGAAGUGCCCCGAACUUCCCUGCUCCAGUGAACUGAGGGAGAUGCCAAAACAGCACCCAGCUGCCCAUCACGAUUACCAGAAGGGCCUCAGUUCCUGGCUUCUCUGUGCCUCAGACUCUGGUCCUAUUGCCUACCCUUGGGAACUCAGAGCAUCCUCUUUCUCUUUUCUGCUGAGCUGGUGGUUGCACCGAGUUGCCUCUGUCUCUUUAAGAGAGAAAGAGAGAGCGAGAGACGGAAAUCAGGAAGUGUGAGAGAGCUGAGAGCCAGGACUCAGUGCUGAGCUUGGUGUCCCACCGCUACAAGGAGGCAGGGAAGAAACCCACUAGUCCCAGCUCCUGGGGUGGCACAGACAUUGCAACUGGCCCUGCCUGUGGGUCCUAGGGCCCCUUGGCCACCAAGAGGCUAAGAACACUGCUCAUGAAUGACAGCAAGCCCUGAAAGCUCUGGGGGUGCCACCCAGUUCCAAAAGCCUGCAUCCCCUGCAGUGGAGAUGGGCUCAGCUCCUGGACGUGCCACAGACAGAAAGCAUAACAAACGCUUGCCAGGAAGAGCCUUUGCCUGACUCAGGGCAGCUCAGAGUGUGGGGCAGAAGGUGACCAGCCAGCUCAGGGCAGGAGAUGCAGAGCACAGCCAAUUACCUGUGGCACACAGACGACCUGCUGGGGCAGGGGGCCACUGCCAGUGUGUACAAGGCCCGCAACAAGAAAUCCGGGGAGCUGGUUGCUGUGAAGGUCUUCAACACCACCAGCUACCUGCGGCCCCGCGAGGUGCAGGUGAGGGAGUUUGAGGUCCUGCGGAAGCUGAACCACCAGAACAUCAUCAAGCUCUUUGCGGUGGAGGAGACGGGGGGAAGCCGGCAGAAGGUACUGGUGAUGGAGUACUGCUCCAGUGGGAGCCUGCUGAGCGUGCUGGAGAGCCCCGAGAACGCCUUUGGGCUGCCUGAGGAUGAGUUCCUGGUGGUGCUGCGCUGUGUGGUGGCUGGCAUGAACCACCUGCGAGAGAACGGCAUCGUGCAUCGCGACAUCAAGCCCGGGAACAUCAUGCGCCUCAUCGGGGAGGAGGGGCAGAGCAUCUACAAGCUGACAGACUUCGGGGCUGCCCGGGAGCUGGACGAUGAUGAGAAGUUCGUCUCAGUCUACGGGACUGAGGAGUACCUGCAUCCCGACAUGUAUGAGCGGGCGGUGCUUCGAAAGCCCCAGCAAAAAGCGUUCGGGGUGACUGUGGAUCUCUGGAGCAUUGGAGUGACCUUGUACCAUGCAGCCACCGGCAGCCUGCCCUUCAUCCCCUUUGGUGGGCCACGGCGGAACAAGGAGAUCAUGUACCGAAUCACCACAGAGAAGCCGGCUGGGGCCAUUGCAGGUGCCCAGAAGCGGGAGAACGGGCCCCUGGAGUGGAGCUACACCCUCCCCAUCACCUGCCAGCUGUCACUGGGGCUGCAGAGCCAGCUGGUGCCCAUCCUGGCCAACAUCCUGGAGGUGGAGCAGGCCAAGUGCUGGGGCUUCGACCAGUUCUUUGCGGAGACGAGUGACAUCCUGCAGCGAGUUGUCGUCCAUGUCUUCUCCCUGUCCCAGGCCGUCCUGCACCACAUCUACAUCCAUGCUCACAACACGAUAGCCAUUUUCCAGGAGGCCGUGCAUAAGCAGACCAGUGUGGCCCCCCGGCACCAGGAGUACCUCUUUGAGGGUCACCUCUGUGUCCUCGAGCCCAGCGUCUCAGCACAGCACAUCGCCCACACGACAGCAAGCAGCCCCCUGACCCUCUUCAGCACAGCCAUCCCCAAGGGGCUGGCCUUCAGGGACCCUGCUCUGGACGUCCCCAAGUUCGUCCCCAAAGUGGAUCUGCAGGCGGAUUACAACACGGCCAAGGGCGUGUUGGGCGCCGGCUACCAGGCCCUGCGGCUGGCGCGGGCUCUGCUGGAUGGGCAGGAGCUAAUGUUGCGGGAGCUGCACUGGGUCAUGGAGGUGCUCCAGGCCACAUGCAGACGGACUCUGGAAGUGGCAAGGACAUCCCUCCUCUACCUCAGCAGCAGCCUGGGAACCGAGAGGCUCAGCAGCGUGGCUGGAACGCCUGAGAUCCAGGAACUGAAGGUGGCUGCAGCACUGAGGUCCAGGCUGCGGACUCUAGCUGAGGUCCUCUCCAGAUGCUCCCAAAAUAUCAUGGAGACCCAGGAGAGCCUGAGCAGCCUGAGCCGGGAGCUGGUGAAGAACCGGGAUCAGACACCAGCCAGGAGGAGAAAAGGAUCUGGGGUCCUGCACCCAUCUCGGAGUUUGAGGAAUGCCUUGGGAAUCUUAGCAGAUUCUUCCAACACCUGGUCCCUGUCUCCUGUCCACAGCAUCCAGCAGAUUCAGUGCUGUUUGGACAAGAUGAACUUCAUCUACAAACAGUUCAAGAAGUCUAGGAUGAGGCCAGGGCUUGGCUACAACGAGGAGCAGAUUCACAAGCUGGAUAAGGUGAAUUUCAGUCAUUUAGCCAAAAGGCUGCUGCAGCUGUUCCAGGAGGAGUGCGUGCAGAAGUAUCAAGCGUCCUUAGUCAUGCAUGGCAAGAGGAUGAGGGUGGUGCAUGAGACCAGGAACCACCUGCGCCUGGUCAGCUGUUCUGUGGCUGCCUGUAACACAGAAGCCCAGGGGGUCCAGGAGAGUCUCAGCAAGAUCCUGGAAGAGCUAUCUCACCAGCUCCUUCAGGACCGAGCAAAGGGGGCUCAGGCCUCCCCGCCUCCCAUAGCUCCUUACCCCAGCCCUACACCAAAGGAACUGCUUCUCCACAUGCAAGAGCUCUGCGAGGGGAUGAAGCUGCUGGCGUCUGACCUCCUGGACAACAACCGCAUCAUCGAACGGCUAAAUAGAGUCCCAGCAGCUCCGGAUGUCUGAGCUCCAUGGGGCGCGUGAGGCAUCCUGAAGCAUUAGAAUGAUUCCAACACUGCUCUCCUGCACUGUGAGACCAACCCAGGGCAAGAUCCCGUCCCAUCACAUCAGCCUACCUCCCUCCUGGCUGCUGGCCGGGAUGUCGCCAGCAUUACCUUCCACUGCCUUUCUCCCUGGGAAGCAGCACAGCUGAGACUGGGCACCAGGCCACCUCUGUGGGGACCCACAGGAAAGAGUGUGGCAGCCACUGCCUGGCUGACCUUUCUAUCUUCUCCAGGCUCAGGUAUUGCUCCUCCGUGCCCAUGGCUGGGCCGUGGGGAGAAGAGGCUGUCAUAUGCCCUCCCACUCCCUCUGGUUUAUGGGACUUCACUCCCUAGCCAACAGGAGAGGAAGCCUCCUGGGGUUUCCCCGGGGCACUGGGUCAAACAGCCUCAUCACAUCUUCCUUCCUCUUCAAGCGUUUCACGUUGAACACAGCUCUCUCCGUUCCCCUGUGAUUUCUGAGGGUCACCACUCCCAGCCACAGGCAACACAGAGAGCCUCCUGUUCUUUCUAUGCUUGGUCUGACUGAGCCUAAAUUUGAGAAAAUGGGUGGCCAAGGCCAAAGCCAGUGUCUUGGGGCCCCUUGGCCUCUCCCUCGCUCUCUGAGGCUCCAGCUGGUCCUGGGAUAUGCAGCCAGGCCUGUGAGUCUGGGCAGGUCCAAGGCCUGCACCUUCAAGAAGUGGAAUAAAUGUGGCCUUCGCUUCUGUU